UAAUCAUCAUACCCACUGAACAUAACAAACAAACAGAACCAACACAAUUCGGGAAAAGCUAUCUGCAAAAGUGUUUUUAUUGCUGAUAAAAACCGAUAAGCCCUGUGUGUCGUUUUGCUAACUCACUUAGUGAUAUUUUAGCCAGCGUCGAAGUCAAAAGUCAAAAUGAGUGGCCAGCCCACUUCACCAUCAUCAUUGAUCAAUCUAGUCGAUCAGCACGACCGUGAUCAUGGAGUUCAAGAAGUUCGCAUUUCGGUUCCGUAUGGUGAAAUUGCCGGCAAAUGGUGGGGACCUCAAAAUAUUCGACCAAUUUUGUGCCUCCAUGGUUGGCAGGAUAACGCGGGAACCUUCGAUACGCUGAUACCACUGUUGCCGAAGAAUGUGAGCUUUCUAGCGAUCGAUUUCCCCGGACAUGGGUACUCGUCGCGUAUUCCCGAUGGACUGUCCUAUCAGGGGAUUAACUCACUAAAUCUACUGCUUGCUAUCAUGAACGAGUACGGUUGGAAAAAGGUGUCAUUUUUGAGUCACUCCAUGGGCGCCGUGUUACAGUACAUUUUUGCGGCAGUUUUUCCCGAUAAAGUGGAUCUGAUGAUCUCCCUAGAUUCCUUAAAGCCGCAAGUUUCUUCGCCGGAAAAUAUAAUCUACCGAUUGACAAACUCCAUUCCCCAGCUCAUGGUGGCUGAUCUUCGCAAUCAGCAAAAGUCUGAACCUCCAUCCUACACCUAUUCUGAAAUGGUAGACAAAUUGCACGAAGCAACCUACAACUCUAUUAGUCGAGAAACGUGUCCUUAUUUGCUGCAUCGAAACAUCAAGAAAAGCUUGAAAUAUCCCGAAAAAUAUUAUUUCACGCGAGACUCCCGACUGAAGUACUCGAUGGGAAUGAAUUUUUCGCACGAGGUUAUUCUGGACCUGGCAAAGCAGAUCAAAAUGCCCUUUCUGUUCAUCAAAGCCAAACAGUCGCCCUAUUUCGAGGAGAAAAAGUACUACGAACAGGUGCUUGACUUGCUGAAGGCAAACAAUCCCUACUUCGAGCAGUGUGUAGUUGAGGGCCGGCAUCACGUACAUCUGACGAAUCCGGAACAGGUGGCGCCCAUCGUCACGGCAUUCCUCAGCAAGUACUGGAGUAAGGACGAGGACGUUGUCAGCAAGCUGUGACAUUUUCGGAUGGUGGAUUUUUAGUUAUGUAAGACAGUUAUGCGAAUUUUAUCGAGGUGAUUUUAUACAUUUGGGAUAUUGGGAAAGUUAAAUCUGUAAAAUAUAUAUUGGAUCAAACUAUUGA